AUGAGCGGAUACAGUGUCCGCCAACUCAAGACAUGGUUCUAUGAGUAUCUGGAUGAGGCGCCAUCCUGGAAGAUCCGGAAGUAUGAAAAAGUCAACCUCCUGAUAGAUGGAACAUGGUUCCCCAACAAGGUCUGCCUGAUUGUCUAUCGUGCAAACAACAUCAAGGCGACUCUGUUCUACCGACUAACGGACGAUGAGAGAGAAUUGGAGAUCCUCGCUGAUUUAAAAGCACUUAAAAGGAUGAAGAUCAGGGUUGAUAGCGUCACCUCAGAUGGCGGUCAGGACAUCAUCAGAGCCGUCAAAUAUACUUUCCCUGACGCCAUAAGGCAGAGAUGCCUGGCCCAUAUAGAGCGGGAAUGCUUGAGCUGGAUUACACAGCGCCCAAAGAGUGCAGCCGGUAUAGAACUUCGUCGCCUGGUCUGCCAAAUAAGCCGGAUAAAAACCCGCAACGACGAACUGUAUUGGAAGCGCUGCCUAAGCGCGUGGUAUGAUGAAUACUCAGAGUUCCUCAAGGAGAAAACCGUAUCUCCUACCACGGGAGAAAAGUCAUAUACACAUGACAACAUCCGCAAGGCGUACUUUCAUAUCUGGCACGCCCUUCCUGACAUGUUCCGGUUCAUUGAUCAUCCGGAUGUGCCGAAGACUUCAAAUGGCCUUGAGUCAUUCUUCGGACACCUCAAAGACCACAUGAGGUUACACCGAGGACUUUCAUUAGAACACCACAAGAACUUCAUCAAGUGGUAUUUGAACUUUAAUGCGGAAAAAGGGAAGAAGAAAGAGUAA